AUGUUUAUAAAAAACUUCUUUAAGAAACAAUCAAGAUUCGAGAGGAAACUGUUUGAAUCCUCCAUAUUUGAUAAUCAAGAAACUGUUGAUCUGGAAGAUGUAAAACAAAUGCUAUAAGGUAUAUUGGAUAUCAUUAAAAUAGGGUUUCCUUGUCUAUCUGAAAUUGAUCAAUUAGUUUAAAGUAUGACCUUAGUCCAAGUGUGUCGUGAAUUUCUGAGGCUCAUCCCACUAACACUAGAUAAUCAUAAGAAGCUUAAAGUUCUCCUCACUAUGCAUGUGCUCAUGGGCGACGUCAAGCAUGGUAGAUUAUUUGUGUAGUAAUUGAAUUGCUUCAAUGGUUGGGCACCCGUUAGCAAGGAUGAGAUCUUAAACAAAUUCAUCGGAAUUCAAACUAUGAUAAUCCAUAAACUGGCUAGCAUAUAGGAUAUUUGCAAUAGAAGCAAACUCAAAACCAAUAUUGAGAUUUUUUUCAAAGAUAUCGAUACCUCAGUCAUUCAAUUUUACAAAGCCAUUAAUUGUCUAAACUUCAUUCUAGCAUAAUAUGAUGUAUGAAAUCUCUACUAUUUUCAGUUAUUCCUCAGUAUUUCUAAACUGCACAACAGAACCGUAGUGAUGGAAAUUUACUUGCUCAUCUGGAACGAUCUAAUAGCCAUGUAUUUAAUGCUUGAAAGGUACGGUUUAUGAAUUCUCUUUUUAAGUAUUGUA